GACUAUGUGCAUGGCUAUGUUUGGAAGUACGGCGCCGACGCUGUACUGGACGAUCUGGGAGCUUUUCUCGCGGCCCGAGGUCCUGGCGGAGGUCAGGGAGGAAAUAGGAACUCGGGCUGUUGUUUCUCAGAAGCCAGGGGAGGAGGAGAAGGAGGCACAUGAUGCUGAUGCUGAUUUCCUGCUCGACAUUGCUGCUCUCAAGACCCGAUGCCCCCUCCUCCUGUCUGUCUUCUAGGAGAGUCAGCGCACGCACCAUGCACACGCCAACAUCCGGUUUGUCUUAGAAGAUACACUCCUCGACGACGGGCGGUAUCUCCUACGUAAGGGGAACUGCUUAAUGAUGCCCGGGCCUCCCAUCCACCGCGACGUAAGCGUAUGGGGACAGUCCGCCGGUACAUUCAACCCCUACCGCUUUGUACCUAAGACGAGCAGCGUCGUCUCAGCCGAUGCCGUACCCCCUACCAGCGGCUUUCUCUCCUGGGGAGCACCGCCAUACCUCUGUCCGGCGCGGCAGUUCGCAUCUACAGAGAUCCUGAUUAUAGUGGCGCUGCUUGCGAUGCGGGUCGAUCUAAUACCCGCGGCGAGGAGCGGUCAGUGGGAACAGAGCCCUGCUUUGAACUAUGGCGAGCUGGUUUCGGUUUUCAACCCGGCUAAGGAUGUGGAAAUGUAUGUGAAGCCUAGGGAGCAGGGAGUAGGGAAGUGGACUCUGGAGAUGGGGGAGAGUACGACGAGAGUACCUAUUGCAUCUGGUUAAGGGGUUAGAAGUGCUGUGGUAGUUUAUGUUGAGAUACUAUUGAAGAUCUAUUCAAUUGUAGUUUCCUGUAUAUAAAGACCAAGGUGAAG